AGCGCCUCUGCUGGCUGUUCACGCGAUGCGCAUGCGCACUGUGCGCCACUCGGAUAGCGCCUCCGCCUGCUCCUCUCCUCUGACGAUUAGCCGCUGCGUGGCUAACGGAAAAGAUCAGUCAUUACAUUCAAACGAAGAUGUCUCGAGUUUACAUCGGGAAGUUGAGUUAUCGCGCGAGGGAGAAAGAUGUGGAAAAGUUUUUUAAAGGAUAUGGAAAGAUUUUAGAAGUGGACCUUAAAAACGGGUACGGAUUUGUAGAAUUUGAUGAUCCCCGUGAUGCAGACGAUGCAGUAUAUGACCUGAACGGGAAGGACCUAUGUGGGGAGAGGGUGAUUGUGGAGCACACCAAGGGACCACGACGUGAUGGAGGUUACAGCUCUGGAAGAAGUAACUGGUAUGGGCGUGGGGGGAGGGACAGAUAUGGCCCACCAACCCGUACUGAUUACAGACUGAUUGUGGAGAAUCUCUCUAGCCGCUGCAGCUGGCAGGACCUGAAGGACUAUAUGCGGCAGGCUGGUGAGGUGACAUAUGCGGACACUAAUAAGGGUCGCAGAAAUGAAGGAGUGAUUGAGUUUAGGCUGUACUCAGACAUGAAGAGGGCACUGGAGAAACUGGAUGGCACUGAGGUGAAUGGCAGAAAGAUCCGCCUGAUUGAGGAUCGCCCCAGUGCCAGGCGUAGGCGGUCAUAUUCGCGCAGCUGCAGCCGCUCCAGGUCUCCCUCGAGGAAUAGGAGGUCCCGUAAGAGCCGCAGCCGUAGCGCCAGCAGAAGUCGCUCCUAUUCCAGGCCUGCAGUCUCCCGGUCCCGGAGCAGAUCUUUAAGCAAGAAGAAUGCAAAUAGGAAAAAGAGGGAGGAAGAGGAGCGUAGCAAUGAAGAUCAUGCUAUUCGAGAGAUGCAAGGAGGCCGUGACAAGGCAAGGAGUCGCAGCAGGAGUCAUAGCUUUAAGAGAAAAAAGGGCAAACAGGAGAGCAAGAGGAGCCACAAAGAGUCACGCUCUCGAUCCAGGUCCCGUUCUAGGUCUUGCUCCAAAAUGGGCAGCAACAGAGAUGGUUCCAAAAAGUCCGUCGUAAAGAGUCAUGAAGCCGUGAAGAGGAGUGAUGAGGGAACAGCAGAAAGGACUUUGCAUUCCAGGUCACGUUCUCACUCCAGAUCCCAGUCUCCCUCUGCUUCCAAAGUCUGGGAGAAAUCCAUAUCCCACUCCAAGUCCCAGUCACACACCCCAGCUAAGGGUAGCAGCCGCUCUGCUUCAGCAGCCCACUCAGAGUCCCGCUCUAGAUCCUGCUCAAGCUCCAGAUCCCCAUCACGCUCACGCUCUCGAUCAUGAGCCUGAGUGCUGUUUUGCAUCUCAUCAUUUACCUCACCAAUCUCUUUUGUCUGCCCCUUUGUAUUUUUAUAAAUACUGCAGUAGAUAGAUAAGAACACUUGUGCCAUGUGUUUGUGCUUCAUUUGCUUAUUGAUUUCAUUUCUUAAUAUCUAUUUGUAUUCUAGUCACUGCUGUACACCUUUGAGUAGUGGCGUCUUUUGAGAAGUGUCUGUAGAAUAUAGUCAUUGCUGUCUUAAGAGCUUUGAAAACAUGGAGAAACUAAUGUGAGAUUAAUACGUCAUAAUCUUUGUACUGUGCACCAUAGGAACAUUUUUUUUGCUGGUAUGUAGAGUGGAGUUUAUUGUGCUUGGUUUCAUCUGUCAUUUUGUCCUUCUUUAACCAUUUUCAUUUAAGACAUGAAAUAAAAAGGCUUGCCUAAGAACGUA